ACGCUUGGCGACGUUACCCUCCGCCUCCUACCCGGAAGGAACUGAGGGCGAUGGCGGCGGAGCCUAUGGGGCAACAGUGGGUGCUGGUGGAGAUGGUCCAGGCCUUCUAUGAGGCUCCAGCGUACCAUCUUAUUUUAGAAGGUAUUCUGAUCCUAUGGAUAAUCAGACUGCUUUUCUCUAAAACAUACAAACUUCAGGAGCGAUCUGAUCUUACACCUAAGGAAAAGGAAGAGUUGAUUGAAGAAUGGCAGCCAGAACCUCUUGUUCCUCCAGUACCAAAAGAUCACCCAGCACUGAACUACAAUAUUGUUAAAGGGCCUCCAAGUCACAACAUUAUCGUGAAUGACAAGGAAUGCAUAAACUUUGCAUCAUUUAAUUUUCUUGGGCUUUUGGAUAAUGAAAGACUUAAAAAUGCAGCGCAGGCAUCUCUGGCAAAAUAUGGUGUUGGCACAUGUGGCCCUAGAGGAUUUUAUGGCACUUUUGAUGUGCAUUUGGAACUGGAGGAGCGACUUGCCAGAUUUAUGAAGACGGAGGAAGCUAUCCUAUAUUCCUAUGGAUUUGCUACAAUUGCCAGUGCUAUUCCUGCCUAUUCAAAACGGGGCGACAUUUUGUUUGUUGAUGAAGCAGCCUGCUUUGCUGUUCAGAAAGGGUUACAGGCAUCCAGAAGUAACAUUAAGUUUUUUAAGCAUAAUGAUAUGGCUGAUCUUGAGCAUCUACUACAAGAGCAAGAGAUUGAAGAUCAAAAGAACCCUCGAAAAGCCCGUGUAACACGAAAAUUUAUCGUAGUAGAGGGGUUGUUUAUUAAUACUGGGGAUAUUUGUCCUCUGCCAGCAUUGGUAAAGUUAAAGUAUAAAUACAAAGUGAGAUUGUUUUUGGAAGAAAGUUUCUCCUUUGGAGUAUUGGGAGAACAUGGACGAGGAGUUACAGAACAUUUUGGAAUAAAUAUUGAUGACAUUGAUCUUAUAAGUGCAAAUAUGGAAAAUUCCCUGGCUUCUAUUGGAGGAUUUUGCUGUGGACGAACCUUUGUUAUUGACCACCAGAGGCUGUCUGGUCAAGGCUAUUGCUUUUCAGCCUCUCUGCCUCCCCUCCUAGCUGCUGCCGCCAUUGAAGCUCUCAAUAUCAUGCAAGAAAAUCCAGGCAUUUUUCAGGUUUUAAGACAAAAAUGUAAGCAAAUAUACAAAGCUUUACAAGGGAUUCCUGGUCUACGACUAGUUGGACAGUCGUUUUCCCCAGCAUUACAUCUCCAAUUAGAAGAAAGUACUGGAUCUCGAGAAAGUGACAUGAGGCUACUGAAAAAAAUUGUAGAAUAUUGUAUGAACAGAGGUAUUGCUUUAACUCAGGCUCGCUAUUUGGAAAAAGAAGAAAAAUAUCUUCCUCCACCCAGCAUAAGGGUGGUAGUGACGGUUGAACAAACAGAGCAGGAAUUGGACAAAGCUGCCUCCCUUAUCAGAGAAGCUGCAGAAUCUAUACUACACUGAGGUUGGAUUGCUUCGAUUUCUGUCUCACACAACACUAGGAUGCUGGUGUUUUCACAGUGUGAUGACUUGCACUUCAGAGAUUUAAAUUAUUUGGAUUAUCAUCUGAUGGAACUGAAACUUGGACUUUAUCGGGUCAUUUCACACACAAAAACAGAUAUACAAAUACUGGAACACUGAACAUACACUAUAUAAAACUUUAGCUCUAUUUUUAGAUUGUUUAAAUUGGGGAUCAUUGUUACGCUGAUAUUUCACUUGAGCAAGAUGAUGUCUCCGUUCUCAAAAGUCUUUCUUUCCCUAGUUUUCUAAAUGCAUAACAAUUUUUUUUGAAAUAAGUUAAAGUACAUGAAAAAAGGAUAUGAAAGUUUACAGAAUACUCUUAAUUUAAUCAUUCUUAGUAAAAUAUACUGUUUUGAACAUUUUUCAAAAACAAAACAAAACACAACCUGUUGUCAAAAUAGAUACUUAACAUGAUAUUAUGGGAUCCUAUGGAAUUAAGUAUUUAAGGAGCUUUUAUUACCCUUGUAUGUGAAUUUUUGUUUAGAUCAUUCCACUUCUCAAUUUCUUGAAAACAUUAGCUUUUUAACAAUCUUUGUUGAAUUUAAAUUGCAUAUUUCUUCAUUCCAGUACCAUUAUGAGUUGCCAUUUACCUUUAUUUACCAUGUACUUAACUUUUACACCAGUGCCCCAACUACUGAUAAUGUGCAGUCAUUUAAAGCCAUAAUAUGGACAUAAAGUUACCUAUUUACACUUCAGGUGGAGUGUGAGUUUGUAUAUUAAAAGAGUUUUAUACAAGGUUGAUGUCUUCAUGAAAUACAGUUUGAGCCGGUGUUUGGCAGCAAGAAUAAAAAUAGGGCACAAAGAGAAUACAACAGUAAUUUGGUAGGUGCUUUAAUCACUGGAUAAAUUAGUUUAGUAAAGGUAUCUAUGUUAUAUAUACUUACUGCUAAAAAUUUUAACCAAUUAGAAAUUUGUACAUGUCAUUGCAUGGAGUUCAUAUCAUCUGUACUAAAGUAUUUCCAAACUUCAUACCUAGAAUGUAAUUGCUUGAGAUCACAAAGUUUUUGGCAUAGAUUUGCAAGAGAUUACAGUAAAACAACAGUCAGAUAUACCGAAGAAAUUACAAUAUGCCAAUAUUCUUGUAACCUUCAAGGUAGCUGAGAUGUUGUGAUAUAUGUAAUGUGAAUUGCCACAAGUAGGGUUCCAAAGUCAUGAUUAAGACUAUGUUUAAGAUUUUCUAAUAUGUCCAGGUUGGAUUCUUUACCCUUGUGCCUUCUUUGGUUGCUGCUAAAUGGAUUCCAGUGCUAUAUUUGGACAUAUUUUUUUAAUAAAAGCAUAUAUUUGAUCCAGUA